AUGGAAUAUUUGUGCCUUUAUCAGCGGCCGCCUCGAAGCUUACUUUUGGCUGCCGUCAUGCAUACUCCAACGGCUGCAGCCCCCCGGCCGGGCCACCUCGACAUGCAAUGGUACAGGCUAUCAGAAAAUGAUGGUAAAUCUCGCCAAACAUCCUCCAUUUUGAACACCUACCUUCAAACUACGCAACCAACCUAUCAAGACUGUACUGGACUACAAAAUUACGAAGAGGGCCACUCUAUUGAUAGUGAGCUUUACUGGGCUGCAACCAGUAUUGCCCAUGAUGAUACCGGAUACAUUCAAAGCUUCAGUCACAACAAUGAACCUCAGUGUGCGAACGAAGCCACCGCGAACAAUCCCUGGCUUACUCAACCUGUCGUCUCAGGCUUUCCUUUAGACGACUCUCAUAAUUCGACGUCUCCUUUCAACGUUCAGACAAUUCCGGCAGCCAUUCUCGGCGCCUCAACAUCUUCGUUCAUUGCUGGAGUAGAUCACUGUACUUACGCCCACAUGUGCAACUACGAAGAUGCCCACACUGUUGCCUCGUCAUUCGGAGGGAACAGGACUCAAAGUAACCCGUCACACCUCUUGAGCCGAGACACUUCCGCUUCCGCCAGUCGUGGGCACGCCGUGCAGCGCGACAGAGUCCAUUGCACUUGGCCCAAUUGCACCAAGACCUUUGGAAGGCUGCAGGAACUGGUGCGUCACCACAACUCAAUCCACAAACUUAGGACGCCUUUCUGGUGCCCCGUACCGAGCUGCAACCGUAGCAGCAGCUUUCCUCGCCGCAAACGUCCGUUUUCGAGAAAAGACAAGCUCGACUCGCAUAUGAGGAACAUGCAUCACAUUACCUUUGGUGAUUCUAUGAUGGCAGUUGUGCAGGCUGGCCUAGAUGCCAGAGGUGGCGGGAAUGCUGGUGCAGAGUCGGGAUCUGGCAGAAGUGGCUUCAACACUGCCAACAGACUUCACGGCGUUGGAGCGCCUUCGAUCCUAGAUGAUCAGACUCUAAGCAACGGUGUAGCCGACUUUGUCCAUCCUAUUGCCGGCCAUGAAUCUUUGGAUCCUGAUAGUGUGAGUACUGCUGACUGGUUCAGCGGCAUGGAUGGAGUUGGCGGCUUCAAUGCGUUUCCCAGUCCUGACCAAAUGGAUGCAGCGGGCUUGGAUGAUUUGACUGCAGCUGAUGGAAUUUCCGACGAACAAACCAUCUCUGGCGAGGAUAUGCUCUCUUCUGGUAAUCGUUAUGUAGGCUUAUCUUAA